AUGAACGUGCCGCCCCCAGACCGCAGGAAAAACAUGCGAGAACUGGCUUUGGAGAUUGGCAUCCGAGUUCUGCUUUUCGGAGUUUUUGUAUUCACAGAGUUUCUGGAGCCCUUUGAGAGGGUGAUUCAACCAGAGGAGCUUUGGCUCUACAAGAAUCCUCUUGUCGAGUCAGACCACAUUCCCAAGAGGGUCAUGUUUGCAAUUUCAUUCCUUACCCCACUGGCAGUGAUAUUCGUGGUGAAGAUAAUUCAGAGGACGGACAAGACAGAGAUCAAAGAGGCAUGUUUAGCUGUGUCCCUGGCUCUCGCCCUGAAUGGAGUCUUCACAAACACCAUCAAGUUGAUUGUUGGCAGACCCAGGCCUGAUUAUUUCCAGCGCUGUUUCCCAGAUGGACAAAUGAAUGCGAAGAUGCUGUGCACCGGGGAGCCAGAACUAGUCUCAGAGGGACGCAAGAGCUUCCCCAGCAGCCAUUCCUCCUUUGCAUUCUCUGGUCUUGGCUUCACCUCCUUCUACCUGGCGGGAAAGCUGCAGUGUUUCACGGAUCAGGGUCGAGGACGUAGCUGGCGUCUCUGUGCCAUGGUACUGCCUCUCUACAGCGCUAUGAUGAUUGCACUCUCCCGUACCUGCGACUACAAACACCACUGGCAAGACGCCUUUGUUGGAGGAGUGAUCGGGUUGCUGUUUGCGUACAUCUGCUACCGCCAGCACUACCCACCUUUUCUGCACAUGGACUGCCACCUGCCUUAUGCCAGUCUGGCUGCCGCCGCCCACACACCCUCUCAUCCCCAGGACGACCCACAGCCCACUGACAAUGCAACCACCCUUCCUCUGGAGGGCUUGACUGAAGGGCCAGUAUGA